GAAGUACAGCAUGUUGACCAAUGGUUUCGUUAUUUAAAUGAAGCUGAACGUACAGCUACCAUCUAUACUUUAUUGCAACACUCAUCUCAAGUGCAAAUCAGAUUCUUCAUUACUGUUUUACAACAAAUGAGUAACAGGGAUCCUUUAGGCGCAUUAUUAUCACCU